CGUGUAACGUUGGUUUAUUUUUUAGUUUGUGACUAGUGUUGUUGUGCUGAGGUUGUGUGUAUUGUUUAUUUAUUUAUUUGCGUGAUUAUCUGUGAUAAUGCAUAUUAGUUUGAAGAAAUCCGUGGAAAUGAGAGAAAAACACUCUUGGAUGGAGACAGGUACAACAAUCUUCGCAUUCCUGAACGUUAUUUCAGCCAGCAUCGGAGUCCUAAUAUUCCUGAACGUGCUGACUAUGUACGUGUAUGAGGCGAUUACAAACACCGACAAGAUCGACACAUUCAUGUGGGCCGCGUGUAUCGGCACUAACUUCCUCGCCAUUGUAUCUUUGGUGUUUGCUGUGCUGCUUUACCUUGGCAUUAACCGGAAAAAGCCGUGCUUCAUACUAGCCUAUUGCAUCUUCGGAGUCAUCGUAGUAAUUUCAUUAGUUUGCGGACUAGUGGUCAUCCAUCAACAGAAGUAUUUGGGCAUGGAGAAGAAAUUAAGAGAAGUUUUCUGUGAAUAUUAUGAGCCCGUUGUCUAUGCUACUGUUGGGAUUUGCGUUGUGUACGUGUUAUUGCUAACUAUGAUCUGCCGGUCCUGGGUUUUAAUGACAUCCUGGCCUUCAGGCGACCGUAGGAAAUUGGUCAAUGAUUACUAUGAAUCCGACUGGAGAACCGACUGACGGUUAACUAGCUGAUUUACUGGAGAAGAAAUAAGAAAAAGAAAACAGCAUAAUACGGUGAUAUGAAUGUUUAAAAAAGACUGAAGAUAACUCGUUUAAUACAUGUGUUUUUUUGCUUCUGGUAUAAAUGAAGUGAAAUAAAUACAUGUAGAAAAACUGACAAUGCACUAUACUUUUCGUGGUAUGUGUUAUAUUAGCUAAUAUAUUUACAUCAUAGAUUAGAAUAUCGUUUUUUAUUUAUUUAUCCACGUUGUUCACUGUGAUAUACUUAACUAUCAGCAUUGCGAUACAGCGGGGAAAUGCCGCCAGCAUCCUUGGUACAAUGCCUCAAGGGCCUAUUUUAGAUUUUAUCUAGUUAUUA